ACACCGCAGGGACGCCCGCCAGGGUCCCCUGCUCGCCGCCUGCCCGCCCGCCCGCCUCGGCCGGAGGUUCUCCGGACCCGGCAGGCCGCUUUUCCGGUGGCGGUCUCCGGGCGCAGGGCCCGCUGCAGGGCGCACGGCGUCCUCCCAACCCCGCCUCGCCCCAGCCUCCGCCCCCUUCGCGGAAACAACAGCUGGGGCGGCCGGGCUGGCGCCGCCUCCCUCUGCCUACCGCGCCCCGCGCCCCGGCUCUGCUGCGGCGCCUCCGCCUCUCGGCUUGGUCGGCCGGCGGCUCUGCCUGGGUGCCGCCCAGAAUGAACAUCAUGGACUUCAACGUGAAGAAGCUGGCGGCCGACGCGGGCACCUUCCUCAGUCGUGCCGUGCAGUUUACAGAAGAAAAGCUUGGCCAAGCAGAGAAGACAGAAUUGGAUGCUCACUUAGAAAACCUUCUUAGCAAAGCUGAAUGUACCAAAAUAUGGACAGAAAAAAUAAUGAAACAAACAGAAGUAUUAUUGCAGCCAAACCCAAAUGCCAGGAUAGAAGAAUUUGUUUAUGAGAAACUGGAUAGAAAAGCUCCAAGUCGUGUAAACAACCCAGAACUUUUGGGACAAUAUAUGAUUGAUGCAGGGACUGAAUUUGGCCCCGGAACAGCUUAUGGUAAUGCCCUUAUUAAAUGCGGAGAAACACAAAAAAGAAUUGGAACAGCUGACAGAGAACUAAUUCAAACAGCAGCCUUAAAUUUUCUCACUCCUUUAAGAAACUUCAUAGAAGGAGAUUACAAAACAAUUGCAAAAGAAAGGAAACUAUUACAAAAUAAGAGACUGGAUCUAGAUGCUGCAAAAACCAGACUAAAAAAGGCAAAAACUGCAGAAACUAAAAGUUCACAACUAAACUCAGCUCGCCUUGAAGGAGAUAACAUGGUAAAUUUCUUUUACAUGCUCAACUUCCUGCAUGUAAAAUGGCUGAAGAUUUGGGCAGAGGAAGUGACAAAAUCUGAACAGGAGGUAAGAAUAACUCAAAGUGAAUUUGAUCGUCAAGCAGAAAUUACCAGACUUCUGCUAGAAGGAAUCAGCAGUACACACGCCCAUCAUCUCCGCUGUCUGAAUGACUUUGUAGAAGCACAGAUGACUUACUAUGCCCAGUGUUACCAGUAUAUGUUAGACCUCCAGAAGCAACUGGGAAGCAGUUUUCCUUCCAAUUACCUUUGUAACAACAAUCACAAUGCUGGGACACCUAUGCCAUCUGCUUUACCAAAUGUGAUUGGUUCUUCUGCCAUGGCUUCAACAAGUGGCCUGGUAAUCACCUCUCCUAACAUCAGUGACCUUAAAGAGUCAAGUGGCAGCAGGAAGGCCAGGGUUCUCUACGAUUAUGAUGCUGCAAACAGUACUGAACUGUCACUUUUAGCUGAUGAGGUGAUCACUGUGUUCAGUAUCAUUGGAAUGGAUUCAGACUGGCUAAUGGGGGAAAGAGGAAAUCAGAAGGGCAAGGUGCCAAUUACCUACUUAGAACUGCUCAAUUAAAUAGGGAGACUAUGAAAGAUUGCCCAUCAUGACACCGUAUUUAUAUACAAGUAAUUCUAAAUAAAGCAGGUUUAAGUAUCUUCCAUGUUAAUGUCUUAAGAUUGAAAAGAAAAUAGGCCGUUAGAAGCUAUCCUUUCUGCUAGUAAAAUUGCAUGGUAAAUAUUUCAUUACAAAACUUACAUUAGAAUUUUCAUGCCACAAAUGUUUUCUUACAAAAUUCUCUUUCUACUGAAGUUUAAUUAAUACACAGCUCUACUUUUGAGCCCCAACUUGAAGCAGAAUGGUUUUCUACUGAAUUUUUCAUUAACGGCAAGCUUUUUCUUUUAUGUAAAAUAAAUUUAUUGUGAAUUUGA